AUGUUCGUUCUUAACGAGGACCCCCGCUCGAAGAAGCGGCAAAGAGACACUGAUGAAUCUGUCCCUAAAGACAGCCCUGAGGACCCUCCAUCCGCAAAGAGAAGGACACGCACUUCAGAAGCUGGAACAUACCAGUGGCACCGUCCUCCAAGCUUCUGGAAUAGGCUCUCCAAGGUCCAUUUGAGUCGGGGUGCAUUGAGAGAGUUCGACCGCAGGACUUCGAGAGCCGAACAACGAGCGUUGACGCUACAUUCCAGCAUCAACACCUCAUCUAGACCUGGGACGAAAAGCGUGAAGCGAUUUUCACGACACGGCGGACCUGACUUAAGCCAUAUUCGAGGAUUUGCCAUUCUUGCUGACCAGGGCGACGCCAUGAGUCCAUCUAAUUCAAGCCGAAAGCGUUCGUCUGCAUCCAGCGGCAGUGGUGCAACCAGCAAGACCGGCAAGUCUUCUUACGAUCCCAACUUCGAGCAGAACUUGAUCGAUGGCGGAAUAUAUCCACACAACCGAGGUUCAAAACCCAACAAUGCCAAAGAUAUUAGGGAUGAUAUGGCCAAGCCUCGAGCUUCCUUGUCUCCUUCGCGAUUCGGUGACGAGGACUUUAAUGCGUUUGUGGAUCUUUGUGACAGAGCAGGCGAUGAAGCGACUGUACGGGCCGAAAUUAUAUCCAUUAUUGCGGGCGAAUCGAGGAAACAGUAUAAUUCCGCAGCCGACCGCCAAUUCAAUCAUCUAGAGCCGCUCGCCGAGGACCUACCAAAGCCCGUGCCGGACUUAUACGACGGCGCUUUUCCCCAGCAGAUUAAUCAACGCGUCCGCCGUGAUCUCGGAAAGCACAUUAUCCCAUCUAACAACACCUCUUUACCGGCGGCACCAAACUUUUUCCUAGAGGGAAAGAGUGCGGGCGGUCGUGCCGACGUCGCAAAGCGGCAAGCUUGUUACGACGGGGCUGUCGGCGCCCGGGCAAUGCACAGUCUACAGAACUACCAAGUGGUAGAACCCAUAUAUGAUGGCAACGCCACUAGUUACUCAGCCACCUACCACCAAGGCACCGCAACGCUGCAACUCUAUACUCACCACCUAACCGCGCCUAAGGCGCCUGGAGAACCACCCGAGUGCCAUAUGACACAACUGGAUGGAUUUCAAAUGACUGGCAACAGGGAAACAUUUGUGAAAGGAGCCGCUGGUUUCCGCCACAACCGAGACCGGGCCAAAACCGAUCGAGACAAUUUCAUCGAGCGCGCAAAUCAAAAAGCCCGAGGCGCACCUGCGGAUACUCCGUCAACCACAUUGACGGACAGCCGUACAUCUCGGUCCGUGCUUCAAGAGGAGGAAUCAGAUACUUCUCCUGAUGAGCUCGUUGCCGAGCGAACAACCGCCAAACGCACGAGACAUGCUACUGUGGGACAACCAACGCACGCUGCUAUGCCACUCACGGCAGCGCCCUUCUCAACCAGGUAUCUCAGUCAUGAGCUUACGACCUCUCGGCAGCCACCGACAGGUGCACACUGUGUGCAAUCCAAUCCACGUCCACGGGCCUCAAUUAAAGAUGGAAAACCCCGGAGGCAGAUCAGACCGACGCAGAAGGUCUUGGAUAGCACUUAUGUUGAUGGGUUUCGCGAGCGGAGACGGUGA